UUUUUUUUUUUUUGAUAAUGGUUAGACAAGAACAAAAUCGAAUACAAGCAAUAUCAAGGUUAUCUACAACAAUUCCUCAAUUAUUCAAUGAAGCACAGAAACCCAACGCUGUUCUUAUGAGGUUAUCUGUUUCUCUUCGAAAAGUCCAAGAAACAUGUGUCCUCAAAAGUCCUAUUGUUGAAGGUCAACCUCAAGAUAUAGAUCAAGAUGGUGAAGCUGCUUUCAAUAAAGAAUAUAUUAGAAACCUCAACAAAAUCUUACCUAUUCGUCGAAAAGAACCUCAUGCUGAUAAUAUUGUUCGAUAUGUAGCUACUUUUUUGCAAUACACUCAAAAACAAGAUAACGAUGGUCAGGAAGAUGAUAGCGAAGACGAAACUCAAGACGAUGUUCAAGAAACAAUCUCUUCACGAUUUGCUAGGAUAUUAAUGGUUCAUAUAUUGAAAGGACUUAAUGCGAAAAGUUUAAAUGUACGGUUACGGUGUUGUCAAAUCAUUGCUCUUAGUGUCAGUUGCCUGGGUGAAAUAGACGAAGAUCUUUAUCAAUUACUGAAAACAGCACUAUAUGAACGAAUCAAAGACAAAGAAGGUCCCGUUCGCGUACAAGCAGUGACAGCAUUAUCAAGACUUCAAAGUGCAGAUGAUGAACCUGAUGCAAACGAUGGACUUACUAUCAUUCAAAAAUUAAUUUGGAUAUUGCGACAUGAUCCUAGUGCUGAAGUACGGCGUGUGGUGAUUGUGAAUUUGGAGUUGAAUUCUCAGACCUUACCUUAUAUUAUUGAACGUGCUCGGGAUGUCGACUCUCUAAAUCGCCGUAUUGUUUUCCAGAGACGGUUAUCUAAUAUCCCUGAUUUUCGUAUGAUAUCAAGUGAAGAUCGUCUCAAGGUGAUAAAGUGGGGAUUAUCUGAUCGCGACUCUUCUGUCAAGUUGGUGGUUGGUAAAAUGAUAGCCGAUUUUUGGAUCAAGCAUGCAGAUCACAAUUUGUUGGAGUUUUUGGAACGUAUGGAUGUGAUGGAAGGUGCUGAAAAUGGUGUUUCUGAAAAGAUGUUGACUACUCUAUUGGAACUACGUAUGCCAUCCAUGAAUUUGACUUUUGAUGAUCAAUUUUGGGAUAACUUAUCACCAGAAAGUGCAUUUUUGGCUCGCGUGCUCACCAACUUUUUGCAUUCUAAAAAGAUGGAAGAUGAAUUGGACAAAGUAUUACCAGAGGUGACAAGACAUGCAUUCUAUAUUCAACAUUACAACAAUUUAUGGCAACAAGCAUCCAAAGAAACGGAGGGUGAAUAUGAAUUUAUUGUUGGUCAAUUACUGGGCCUUGCUACUAGAUUGGAUUAUGCUGAUGAAGUUGGAAGACGCAAGAUGUAUAGUAUUCUACGUGAAAUUAUUUUAGUACCUGAUCUUCCUGAUGAACAUUUGGCUGCUUUGGUGGAUUUACUUAGUAUGACGGCAACAGAUGAAUGUGAUUUUACAAGAAUCAUAGUUGAAGUUAUUGGUGAUAUUCAAGAACAAGCUGAUAUAGACGAAGAGGAAACACAGAACAACAUUAAACGAUUGAAAUUAAGCGAAGAAGCAAUGAUGAAGACGGAAUAUACAGAAGAAGCGGAUCCUCGUAUGCUACAAAUCAUGCUAGCAAAACUCAAAUGUCUUAGUAUAUGCAAAUUCAUGUUGGAAAGAUGUCAAGAAUCAUUACAAGAUAAUUCAUCUAUUUAUGGCCUUUUGAAUCAACUGGUAAUUCCUGCUGUACAGAAUAAAGAAAUCGUCUUGCGUGAAGAAGGUCUACAUUGUCUUGGUCUAGUUUGUCAUCUAGAUAAGACUCUUGCAAUGCACAACAUACCCCUUUUCGUUCAUUGCAUACAAAAUGGAAAUGAUGAAUUGAAGAAAAAGGCUCUCAAGAUUUUGUUUGAUAUGAUUAUGAAAUAUGGAUAUAACAUGAUUUCUGAAAAGAUGGAAAAUCCUCCUGAACUUUUUGAAUAUUGUCUAGACCAUGAUUCUCCUGAAAUACAGGCUAUUGCAUGUGAAGGUUUGGCUAAACUUAUCUUGUCUCGUUCUUAUAAGCAUGAAGAAACCCUUAAGCUACUUGUGAUCCUUUACUUUUUCCCUACCUCCAUCGAUAACAACAAAGUUCAACAAUGCCUAUCCUACUUUUUCCCAGCAUAUUGUCAUUCAAGCACUGAAAAUCAACAAUGCAUGUCCAACAUUGGAGUUGCUGCUCUUGUGGAAUUAACUGAAACUUUUGUUGAUUUGAAGGAAGGCGAACAUAUGGUGGAACCAACUGUGAUUGCUGAAAUGUUGACUCAUUGGACUGAUCCUCGGCAAUUAUCAGUACAUCGUCGUUCAGAUGAUGAAGUGGAUAUAGCUGUUCAAGGCAAAAUGGCGAUCGAGAUUCUAUUGAAGCUUACUCAAUGUCCCAGUGAUGAAGAUGUAUUACGGAAAACCAUGUGUCAUGCCUUUUUACGAUUAUACUUGGACGACAUUGAUCAAAAGACUAUUACUAGACUACUUGCAUUGGCUGAAGUGAUCGAAAAGGAACGACCGAUUAUUGAAUCUCUUUAUCGUACCCAUUUCAACAAAGCAAUCCGACGUAUACAGACCUUGCAUCGACCCACCGUAGAUGAACUAUCACAAGAACAUAUAAAUGAAGAAACAACAAUUCAAUCAUCGUCAUCAUCAUCACUAUCACCGCGACCUCCACAAUCGAUAGAAUCUAUCACUUCCCGAAGAACCAAAAAUAGUAAACACAUGGACGAUGAUUCUGCAGAUGAUAUGGGUUUUGAUAGUGAUAGUAGUAGUUCGUGAUCUGUUUUAUUUAUUUUUCAAUAUAAGGUUACCAAUACAAUCUUAAUAAAAAAAAAAUUAAUCUUUUCCUUUUU